AUGAAUUCUAUAACUAAAGCACGUUUAGUUAAUGAAUUAAAUGAAAAAGAAUUACAAACUGGUUCAGCUAAUACACACAAAAGUUGGCAUCAUGUUUAUCGUGAAAGUGCAUGGAUUUAUGUUGGUGGUAUAGAUUUUGAAUUAACUGAAGGAGAUAUUAUAUGUGUAUUUUCUCAAUGGGGUGAAAUAGUUAAUAUUAAUUUAUUACGUGAUAAAAAAACUGGGAAAUCAAAAGGUUUUGCAUUUAUUUGUUAUGAAGAUCAACGAAGUACAAUAUUAGCUGUAGAUAAUUUUAAUGGUAUUAAAUUAGCUGGUCGAGCAAUACGUGUUGAUCAUGUUAAAGAUUAUAAACCACCUAAAGAACAUGAAAAAGAUGAUGAUCUGAUUAAAACAUUAAAAGAACUUGGUUGUGCACCUGGAGUUGAAUUAUCAUCAUCUUCAUCUUCAUCAUCACGACGAAAAGAUGAAAAAAAUUCGACAUAUAUUAAACAAGAGCCAAAACGAUUUAAAAAAUAA